UGGUAAACUCCCUUGUCCUCCUUACACAAGAAAGGAAAUCCUGACGUGAACACACAGCCACCAAACAAGUUAAUAUUUUUAUGUCUUGGAGUUGAACUUCCUAAAAUACAGAUAAAGUGUUCAUUCCUCAAGAUUCCUUUUCCUUGAAACUUACCAUCAAAACACUCUUGGACUUGGAAACUGAGGACAGGGAGAGAGGAAGAAGAAGAGAGAAAAAAAGAAAGAGAAAAAAAAUGGGUUUGCCCAAAUCAUCUGCAUCACAGUGCACAGAGAGAGGAUGCUUCUCUUCCCCAGUCAUGUUGUGGACUGUUGCCGGGAUCUCCAUCCUACUCCUCAGUGCCUGUUUCAUCACCAGAUGUGUUGUGACUUAUCACAUCUUUCAACUCUGUGAGGAGAAAAGGGUCCAGCCACAUGAGGAGUUCUUGGAAUUCUCCUGCUACAAUAAUGGAUCAGGUUCAGUCAAGAACUGCUGUCCAUCAAGAUGGGUACAUUUUCAAUCUAGCUGCUACUUUUUUUCUACAAACACAAUGACCUGGUCAUCAAGUGUAAAAAACUGCUCAAACAUGGGAGGUCAUCUGGUGGUUAUCAACACACAGGAGGAGCAGGAAUUCCUUUUCCACGAGAAACCUAAAAAAAGAGAGUUUUACAUUGGACUAACAGACCAGGUGACCGAUGGUCAGUGGAAAUGGAUAGAUGGCACACCUUUCAUGAAGUCUCUGAGCUUCUGGGAUGUAGGGGAGCCCAACAACUUAGUUACAGUGGAGGACUGCGUCACUAUCAGAGACUCUUCAAAUCCUAGGCAAAACUGGAAUGACGUGCCCUGUUUCUUCAAUUUGUUUCGGAUUUGUGAAAUGCCAGGAAAAAUACUUUGAACAAAUAAAAAUCUCCAAGAACAGAAAGCACAACUUAAAUGUAUAAACGAGGAGGAACAGGACUGUGGACAGAGCCACAACUCCAAUUAGAGAAACACAUUUGCAGCUUCAAUGUAAAUAAAAAUAAGUCAUUUUGAAUGUUCUAAUUCAUGAUACUGAACUGAAGUACAUUUUUCUCUGUAUUAGCCUCUCAGGCCUUCUUCUCAGAAUUUAUGAGGCAAUUCUCUAGCAGAUGCUGUGAGAAGAAAGGCAUGCUCCUUUUGGUACACUUGCUUCAUUUGUGAGAAUUUAAUGAAAAUACAGGGACAAACAGCAAGUACAGAGUUCAUCAAAGAAGGUUUUGGAAAGCGCCUUUAAACAAUCACCUGAAUCCAGGCUCUGCAUCAGCUCCUCUUCUUUUUAGUUUCUAAAAAGUCUGUCUUCUCUUCCUGGGUUCAUACUGUUUUUAUCCCCUGCCCAAGCAUAUAUCCUCAAUAUAUUCUGUACAAGGAGUAAGAAACUUCAAGUCAUGAAACUUA